AUGUUGGCUAACGGCACGCCCCCGCCCCUAACGGACGGUGAAGGCUCCGACCUCCUCGAAUGGCUAACGGCCGACCGUCACGACCCCUUCCUACCGUUACCGUCCCCGUUACCUUCUCUUGACGGCACCGUCUCCUGGUGCGAUUGGGAACCCGUCGAGCUUGAUCCUAACUGUAACGGCAAGCACAGGAGCUCAACUGACGGUGACGGUAAUGGAAACGGCAGCAGCAGAGAAGUCUUUGACGGUUACUAUGGCGACCGUGAUGAUGACGGGGACAGCGACGGUAACGGCGAAAAAGUUGCAGGAAUUGACGGCAGCGGCAGAAACGGCCGGAAGAGACCAAAUAACGCUUGCAGUAACGACCAGAGCAAGAGGGCAUGCAACGGUAACGGAAAAGACGAUUUUGUAGGCGAACGUAACGGCAGCUUGUCGCCUCAGACAGGGGAGAGCAGCGAGGCCGAAAUUACGCCGGCGUUAGCGCCCGUUACGACGGAGGCCAAGCCAAAGGGAUGCGGCAACGGGAAGAAUAACGGGAAGGAGUCCCGAUGGGCUGAGCAACUAUUAAAUCCUUGCGCGUCCGCAAUUGAGGCCCGAAAUAACGCCCGUGUUCACCAUUUGUUGUUCGUUUUACGGGACUUGGCCUCGUUAUCAGGUGACCCGAACCAUAGACUCGCUGCCCAUGGGCUCCGAGCCUUAGCUCGUAGGCUCGAGCAGCAACCGAGCCUGCCAGGACCCACCGGGUUCGCCAACUCUGAGCCUCGGGCAUUGCACCGAGCCUUACUCAAGUUUCACGAGCUCAGCCCUUGGUUUUCAUUCUCUCACACGGUUUGUAACCAAGCCCUGAUCCAAGCCUUGGGCUCGAGCCCACAAGGCCAGGGCUCAAGUCCGGUUGACAUGGGCUCGACGUUGCAUAUAUUGGAUAUUGGUGUUUCGCAUGGGAUCCAAUGGCCCACAUUCAUCGAGGCGAUGGCGAGGAAGGCGCCGACCAUGAGCUUGCGUCUCACGGUGGUGACGGGCUUGAUCGUGCCAUUCGCUUCGGGGCCUAAUGGCGACGAUUUUCCUGUGCGGCUCACUAGGUUUGCAACCUCAUUCAAUAUGAAAUUGGACAUCAAGGUGGUCAGAAAAGCCCUAGAGAAUCUAACGGUCGAGGACUUAGGAAUCUUUCCAGGCGAGAGAUUGGCGAUUUGCGUGCAAUCUCGGCUCCAUGAAAUUUCUGAAAAUAAUGGUGACCGCCGGAAAUUUCUCGGGUUUCUAAAGGGCUUAGGAGCAGAGGCUAUGUUUUUAAGUGAAAUUGAUGGUGGCGAAACCGGUUUACCUGACAAAGGAAUUGGUUUUAAAGCCAAAGAAACCGGAUUUAGGGCAAAUGAAAUCGGCUUUGACUCGAACGAAACCGGUUAUGCGGCCAAAGAGACCGGUCCUGGGGCAAACGGUUUUGCAUCACAAGAGAGCGGUUUUGGGGGAAAGGAAGGUGGCUUUACUAGGUGGUUUAGCGAGGGAGUGGAGUUUUUAUGGCGGUUUUUGGAUUCAUGCGGUGUGGGUUUUAAGGGGAGAGAGUGUGAAGAGAGAAGAUUGAUAGAGGAAGAAGUUGCAGAGAUGUGUUUUAGUGCAGAGAGAGAAUGGUGGGGAAAGAGGAAGUGGGGGGACGAGAUGAGGAAUUUAGGAUUUAUUGGGGGUGUUUUGGGGGAAGAGAUGGUUGAGGCUGGGAGGGUAUUUUUGAAAAAAUAUGAUUCUGGGUGGGAAAUGAGAGGGGAUGAGGGGUGUCUUUCUCUGUUUUGGAAGGGGCAGCCUGUAUCUUUUUGCUCUCUUUGGUUGGUGCCUAAGCGAUGA